AUGGACUUGGAUGCUAUUACCAAGCACUCAGCACUCCAUGCGAAGCCCCCCGGCCUCACCUUCCACUAUGGGACUGCUGGAUUUCGGAUGAAGGCCGAGCUUCUGGACCACAUCAUGUUUCGGAUGGGGUUGCUAGCUGCUCUGAGGUCCAAGCAGACCAACGCCACUAUCGGGGUGAUGGUCACAGCCUCGCACAACCCUGAGGAAGACAAUGGGGUGAAACUGGUGGAUCCUUUGGGGGAGAUGCUGGCGCCCACGUGGGAGGAGCAUGCCACACGGCUGGCCAACGCCGAGGAUGGAGACGUGGCCCGUGUGCUUGUGGACAUCAUGGAGAAGGAGGCGGUGGAGCUGCCACAGGAUGCUUUCGUGGUGAUUGGCAGAGAUACCAGGCCCAGCAGUGAGAAUCUUGGCCAGUCUGUGAGAGAAGGCGUGGCUGCUUUCGGAGGCCAGUUCCAUGAUUACGGCCUGUUAACCACGCCCCAGCUGCACUACAUGGUGUGCUGCCGCAACACAGGCGGGCGAUACGGCAAGGCCACGCUGGACGGCUACUACCACAAACUCGCCGCCGCCUUCCUGGAGCUCACCAAGCAGGCUUCCUGCAGCGGAGAUGAGAACGUCUCGGUGAAGGUGGACUGCGCCAAUGGCGUCGGGGCCCUGAAGCUGAAGGAGAUGGAGCCCCGCUUCUCCCCAGUGUUGUCCGUCCAGCUGAUUAACGACGGGACCAAAGGGAAGCUCAAUCAUCUCUGCGGGGCCGACUUUGUGAAAAGCCACCAGAAACCUCCUCAGGGACUGGAAAUGAAGCCCAACGAGAGAUGCUGCUCCUUCGACGGCGACGCGGACAGAAUCGUGUAUUAUUACUGUGAUGUGGACGGUGCCUUCCAUCUCAUAGACGGGGACAAGAUCGCCGUGUUGAUCAGCAGCUUCCUGAAGGAGCUGCUCCUGGAGGUUGGAGAAAUUUUCAAUAUUGGUGUUGUACAAACUGCCUAUGCAAAUGGAAGUUCUACACGGUAUCUUGAAGAAGUUAUGAAGGUUCCUGUUCACUGCACUAAAACCGGUGUCAAGCAUUUGCACCACAAAGCCCAGGAGUUUGAUAUUGGAGUUUACUUUGAAGCAAAUGGCCAUGGCACAGCAUUGUUCAGUAAAGCUGUUGAAGUGAAGAUAAAACAACUAGCAAAACUGGAAGAUAAGAAAGGAAAAGCCGCUAAGAUGCUGGAAAACGUCAUUGACUUGUUUAACCAGACAGCUGGUGACGCGAUUUCUGACAUGCUGGUGAUUGAGGCGAUCCUGGCUCUGAAGGGCCUGACCGUGCAGCAGUGGGAUGCGCUCUACUCCGAUCUCCCGAACAGACAGGUCAAAGUGAAGGUCGCAGACAGGAGAGUGAUUAGCACCACGGAUGCUGAGCGGCAAGCAGUUACCCCACCUGGACUGCAGGCGGCAAUCAACAACCUGGUGAGGAAGUACAGGCUCUCCAGAGCCUUCGUCCGGCCCUCGGGCACGGAAGACGUUGUGCGCGUGUACGCAGAAGCAGACUCACAGGAAAGCGCGGAUAGCCUUGCACAUGAAGUGAGCCUGGCAGUAUUUGAGCUGGCUGGAGGAAUUGGAGAAAGACCUCAACUGGGUUUUGGAAGAUAAUUUUUAUUUUCUAAGAAACUGAGUUUGUGAAGUUUCUCUAUGCCUGUCACAGCAAUGGCAGUAUUAAUCCUAAUGUUUACAGUGCACAUUACUGGACUGUUUCUAGAUCUGUUUUUCUUAAACACUACCAGAAUAAUUUUUAGAAUUAGGUAAGCCCUAUGUCAUCCAGCCCUUAAAUUUAAGGUGUAUGCAGAAUGCUGCAAAAUUAACUUUUACGGUACUAGA